AUGUUCAGUAAUCCAGUACGCAGUUUGUCCUCAUUUGUCGCUUAUCUAAACUGGGUUUGGGAUUUCAUCAUCCACCUCUCGUUCUUCCAGCACCAAACUGUGUUUCGGAUGCCAAAAAGCAGUCAAUAUGAGCCUGAGGCCAGCCGGUUUGGCAAUGACUGGACCUCAACAGACCCCGUGGAAUGUGCAGUGUGUUUGUCGGCGAUUGAAGAAGAUGACGAGAUAGGGGUGCUGAAAUGUAAGCAUCUGUUUCAUCAGAAAUGCUUGGACCGUUGCUUAGAGCACCGGCACAUGACUUGUCCCUUGUGCCGGGAUUAUCUUGCAGGUCCUCGAAUGGUUUGCGAGCUGGGCCGGGAACUGAUUGUGUUUAGUUUUUGUGGUGAUGGUCGUUCAAGUGAUGACGACUUUCAUAAGUUGUGGCUACGCUGA